AUAACGCGGUCGGAAAGCGACGAGUAGGUCAUUGCACGGAAGUCGGUUCGUUUCGUCGUGUCCGAGGCACGGGAUAGGUCAGUCGAUCUUCGCACAGCAGGCGCAUUCGUACACGCUCACUUCCACUCAUACUCAAUUCUACAUUCCAAGGGCCGGGUCCUCCUAUCGCUCCUCUUCGACACUACUCUUCGGUAGCUUUCGUAGAGUCCGUGCAGCGACAGCACCACAAUAAACGUCAUCAUGUACGCCUGCAGCCGAUUCAUCGCGCCCGUCGCCAAAUCCACCUUGGUCUCCGGCAGCAAGACUUAUCUGCGGCCGUUGAGCAGUGCCGUGAUCAGCCACAGCCAGUCCUUACAACGGGAUCAAAUUCAGACACCCGUCAGUUUGUUACCAGUCGUACGUAACUUCCAAACAUCCACAGUUAGUCGUGAUAUUGACUCGGCUGCGAAAUUCAUUGGCGCUGGUGCCGCCACUGUAGGAGUAGCAGGAUCUGGUGCUGGUAUAGGAUCCGUGUUCGGUUCGUUGAUUAUCGGCUAUGCCAGGAAUCCAUCUUUAAAGCAGCAGCUGUUCUCGUAUGCCAUCCUGGGUUUCGCCCUGUCUGAGGCUAUGGGUCUUUUCUGUCUUAUGAUGGCUUUCUUGCUCCUGUUCGCCUUCUAAGCUACAAUAUCCGCAUAAGAAAUUGAUGAUAUAGUUUUUAGUGCGUCACUGCCAAGGCAGCGUCAUCUGGCUCCAAAUUGAACCAUAAGGCGGCGGCUGUCUCUGGUAUGCGGGAUGCCAUGAAAUCAUUAGGGAAGCUCGGAUUUGUGGUUCGGAUUCGGGGUGCGACGGUGCGACAAUGAGCGAGAGCGAGGAAAGUUGUACUGUACCAAAGCACAGUUGCACACAUGUUAUCAUGCACGGACCGUCUCGACCCUUUCCAAGCCUUCAGCUUGUUUCAUUAAUCAUUUCAUGGCCUACUGUUUCUCAUGUAGCAUAUAAAACAACUCACAUUGUUAUCACAUAACGGAUUUCAGUGUAACGAACGAAUAAGACGUUACUAAAAGUUGGAAUUAAAAAAAAAGAAAAGAUAUAAAACGACAGCGCCUCUCACCCCGCAUACCCAUAACACGCACGUACGUACUCACUAUGCGACUUAGUACACUUUUCGAAGAUCUUUGUUAUCCGAAAGGGUAUUCAUCAUCAUUGUUGUGCCGUCGUGUACGCACGUUGUUGAGGUAACUCUUGACGAAGAGAAAAAAAACUGUACAGUGAUACCGAAUAAACAUCUUUGUCGUGGAA